AAAUGGCUUUACAUUUGUCACUCAAGAGUGCAGCACCCUCACCAGUCAACAUUGUUGUGAUAUGUGUUAGAAUUCGCAUGUCACAUUGAUUCUGCUAAUAAUAAGAAGAAUACAUACUAUAGUGGGUUGGACAGCAGUCAUUUGUAUUAUGAGCCAAUCUCAAACAUGUUUCAGUGAUUUGAGUUGUCACUUUGGCGCUCCCGCCAACGAGAAAAAGUAACAAAAGUCGGAGGGAAACAGAGUAGCCUAGCCCUUGUCACUCUGCUGCCUGCCUGCAUGCGUGGGGGCGGGCUUAGGGCUGACUGUCUGUCUGUCUCUCACUCCAAUUGGAUAAGGCCACACCGGUCCGGUGGCCAAUCGAUGCCUCUUGUGGCGAGGUAUAAGUAAGGCUCUCGAAGUGGCUAGCGGCUCAUUCAGACUUUCUGUGACAUACUGAAGCUACUAAUAUGAGCGGAAGAGGCAAAACCGGAGGCAAGGCCAGGGCGAAGGCAAAGACACGUUCAUCCCGUGCCGGGCUCCAGUUCCCCGUGGGCCGUGUGCACAGGCUGCUGCGCAAAGGCAACUACGCCGAGCGUGUGGGCGCUGGCGCACCAGUCUACCUGGCCGCAGUGCUCGAGUACCUGACUGCUGAGAUCCUGGAGUUGGCUGGAAACGCUGCCCGUGACAACAAGAAGACUCGUAUCAUCCCCCGUCACCUGCAGCUGGCAGUCCGUAACGACGAGGAGCUGAACAAACUGCUUGGCGGCGUGACCAUCGCUCAGGGUGGUGUUCUGCCCAACAUCCAGGCAGUGCUGCUCCCCAAGAAGACUGAGAAGGCCGUCAAAGCCAAGUAAAAUCGCUGGUGCGGCUGCAACUUGACUACUCAACCCCCAAAGGCUCUUUUAAGAGCCAACCA